AUUCAGGCGCUGCGACGACUAUACUUGCCGGUGUACUCCGCCCCUCCCCCAAAUCAAAAUAUGGCGACGCAGAGUGUUGAUCAGAAGUACACAGAAUAUCAGAGUGGAGACAGAAGAGCACAUUCUGAAUCGUGUUCUUAUGGGACAUGCUCUCUGCUGAAGCCUUCUGCUUCACUGUAGUGGUGUGCCUGUUCCACAAUAGGUAACCUGACUGCCCAGGGAGACGUGGUAAAAAUCUCAGGCAAGAUGGAAAGCAGUGCAGCCAGUCUUCAUGUAGACACUGAAGAGGAAAGAGAAGGGAGCGGCGCAGUGGAAACCCAUCCUAGUGAUCCCAUCUUGGGAAGAGAUGGAGAGACUGCAGAAGUAUUGGUGGAGACUGAAAGACUGUACCCCUGCCAGAAGUGCAACCAGAAUUUCCCUGACCGCAGCCUGGUCUCUUCCCACACAUGCCCUGAGCCUGUCCUCCAGAAUCUCUUAAUGGCAGUGGAACUGUCAGAGGAGUCCAUAACAGUGCGUUACAUGUGCCCGCUGUGCGCUGAGAUCUUCCCCCUCCCCAAUUCCCUGAAAAAACACUUCCGUGCACACCGUGCUGUCCCAAGCAGACUGCUGUCCUGCCCUGAACCAGGAUGCAUGUUUCACACUCCAGACUGGCGGCAGUACCAGAAGCACAUGCGCUCUGUCCACUCGCUAGUGCCGGUUCCCUGUUCCUUUCGCACUUGCCGACUGGCUUUCCGCAAUGCUGAGGAGAUGGAGGCACACCGGCGCGGCCACUUCCCCUUCCACUGCCACUGCUGUGACUUUGUCACCGCGAACGCCAAGAUCUUCUGUCAACACCGCAGGGAGCACGACCAGCCGGGACCAUCCAAGGACGAGACUCUUCACAUGCAUGAUGUGGAGGGAGAGGCAGGGCAGAGUGGCAACAUCAGCCAAUUACCAGCGCAGAAAAAACGAAAGCGGCUCACAUUGGUCAACAAAGUGCCCAAUGAAGAGGAGGAUGAAGGGAACGGUAUGAGAAAGAAGAAGACUAAGAGACAUGUGGAGGAGAGGAGUGAGGGAUCACUUGAUACAACCAACACUUCCAGGGGAAGGUACUUCAAAGGGGACAUUGCAGAGGGCACAGAGCACCUGUACCGCACCCACAUCUGCCCAGAGUGUCGCCGCUGCUUCAAGAAACGCACCCACCUAGUAGAACACCUCCACCUGCACUUCCCGGACCCCACACUUCAGUGCCCUAAGUGUCAGAGAUUCUUCACCAGCAAGAGCAAGCUAAACAUCCACAUGCUACGGGAGGCUGGCCAAAAAUCCCACCACUGCCACCUGUGUGACUACAGUGCUGUAGAGCGCAACUCCCUCACACGCCACCUUGCCAGUGUACAUGAGGACAAACCCAACUUCUACUCAGAUGUGUACCCCUGCCCCUCGUGUGGGGAGCAGUUCAGACUGAGCCACGCCCUCAAGGAGCACAUGAAGACCCACCAUAGCAUCCCAGAGCAGAAGGCCUUGGCCUGCUUUGAGGCAGGCUGCAGGUUCGAGACACAGGACAAGAAAGACUUUCAGAGGCACACGAAGGAGACACAUGGUGUCACAGUGGCAGAGUGCCGUCACCAUGCCUGCAGUGCCUUAUUCAAGUCGAAGAAUGAGAUGGAGGCCCACCUCCGCAUGCAUGCAGCCUUCCACUGCUCCCAAUGCCACUUCACCUGCUCCAAUAAACAUGCCUACCGCCGGCACAAGCGCCAGGGCCACCCAGGCACUGAGGAGCUGCGCUGCUCCUUCUGCAACUUCACGUCCUUCAACCCGGUGGAGUUCUCCGAACAUGUGAGCCGCCUGCAUGCCCACGAGAAGACCCAUCGCUGCUCUGACUGCGGUUUUGCCACUGCACACAAGAGGGUGCUUAGUCGACACAUGCUGCUGCACACAGGUGAAAAGCCCCACAAGUGUAAGCUGUGUGACUUUACCUGCCGGGAUGUGAGUUACCUCUCCAAACAUAUGCUGACACACUCGGACGAUAAGAACUACAUGUGCUCUGAGUGUGGCUAUAUCACCAAGUGGAAGCAGUAUCUAAAUGUGCACAUGCGUAAGCACACAGGCGACCUCAGAUACCAGUGUAACCAGUGUUCUUACCGCUGUCACCGCGCAGACCAGCUGAGCAGUCACAAGUUACGGCACCAGGACAAGUCCCUAAUCUGUGAGGUGUGUGCUUUUGCCUGCAAGCGCAAGUAUGAGUUACGCAGACAUAUGCAGGUCAAGCAUUCACAGGGGGGCAACUGCCAGUCGCCAGUCUUCCAGUGCAAGUUCUGCAGCUACAACACUCACUACCGACAGGCCCUACUCAACCAUGAAAACUGCAAGCACACUCGACAACGGGAGUUCCGUUGCGCACUCUGCUCCUACUACACAUUCAGCAACACCAGCCUGUUUUUCCACAAGAGGAAAGCCCAUGGUUAUGUUCCAGGGGAUAAGGUGUGGCUUGAGAACUAUAAGCAACACGAGACAGACAACAAUGCAUCACAGAUACAACUAGGCUAUUGUGAAAAUACAGUAGGUCUCCCGUCUAAUAAAGAAGAAGGGUCUGCCAAAGGUCUGAGGGCUCCAGAAGAACUUGGUGGUAUUCAAGGAGAGUCUAUCCAGGAGACAGAAUAUAUAGGACAGGAGGCGAUUCAGGUAUGGGCAGGGAAUUGCAGCUUAGAAAAUGGUAACCAAAAACCAUUGGAUAACUGUAGCAUGGAUAACUACAACCAAGGUCUAUCCUCUGAAAUUGUCAGACAGGAGUUGCCCUCUGAAAUCUGUGACCUGGCAAACUGCAGCCAGGAGUGGACCGAAACCUGCCCAGCUAAUAAUUCAUGCAAAGAAAAUGCCAUCAGAGACAAUUGUACUAGACAGGAGCCAAACGAUGAACGAGAAUUCUGUACCAUACUAUUGACUCAAGUUUCAAAUGUCGAACUUGAAGACCCCAAUUGUUCUCAGGGCCAGGCUGAAAAAGAGAGGGGUUUGAUGGCAGCUGACUCUCCGGUUCCUCCAAUGGGUACAGGGAGCAAAUUAUUCCCUGAGACAGAGGCCAUGGAUCCUCCCUUAUGUAAGGGGAGUGAAGAGGAGGGGGUGGGAGGAAGUGAGUCUGAAGAACCCAUUGAUGCCAGUGAAGGAGAAGUGCCUUUAAGAGUACAUGUGAGGAUAGGAGAAAGUCAGAUAGAAUCAGAGCAAGACAGUGCCCUGAUGGACAGCCAGGAGGAAGAAGACACAGUGGACUCUAUUGUUCUUGAAGGCAGCUCAGAGAAGGGGUUGCCCAUGAAGGCCAGUGGUAGUCAGGAAGGGGAAAUGUCCCACUCCGAGUGUGUGCUUAAGGCCCUAAGGAAGCAGGAUAAAGAGCAGGCAACGACAUUGGUGCUGGAGGGCCGAGUGCAGAUGUUGGUUGUACAGAACAAAGCAUCUGUAUUCAAGUGUGACCAGUGCUCCUACGUGACAAAGAAGCAGACAUCCUUGAGUCUGCACUGUCGCAUGCGAUGUCGUGCAAGGAAGGCUCACCUCCAGUGUGGGGAGUGUGGAGCUGUUUUCAAGCAGCAGCGAGGCCUUGAUACACACAGGCUAAAAAAGUGCCCAGUCCGCCUGAAAAAGAAUAGGCGGUUUGCGAGGCCGCUUACUGCAGGUCAGCCAUCUUCUAAGAAAUUGGGAGAGAGUGAGCAAGCUGUAAGCCUUCCAGGAGAAGCAAGUACGAAUCAAGCCAUAGCAAAGCUGUCAGAACUGAACCAGAUAAGAACUGGUGAGUUGGAAACAUUGGUAUCUGUAGAAGCAACCAGCCAUUCCACUCUUGAACAAUCUGACUGCACCACUGCAGCGAACUGUGCUCCAAUGGCAAGCCUACAUGACUUGAAUGCUCAAGAAGAACCUGGCACAGUUCUUGGUGAGGAAGAGAAUGUAGCAAGCAUCGAAAGGGAGGCUACAGAUUCUCCUCUAUCCUUUACAACCUCUCCGCACCAUGUAGGUGACUUGGAAGGCUAUCGUAAGGAUGGUGGAAAGUUCCGGUGCAACAGGUGUUUGUUUGCCUGUUCUCGUCCCUCUACAAUUAAGCGACAUUGUGCUUCCUGUUCUUCUAGGGCCUCUACAACACGGGUGCUACGUAGCCAAAUGGAGAAAAGGGGAAGGAAGAAGAAGAUGGCGGAGGAAGAAUACGAUGAUGAUGAUGAUGAUAAGGAGGAGGUUGAGGAUGAUGAAGAUGAUGAUUAUGAGCAAGAGGAGGAAAAUAAAAACCUGAGAAAAAAUCGGUUCUCCUGCUCCACUUGCCCUUUUACAUGCCACCAGAAAAGAGCACUGACGAGCCAUCGUAAGCGUGGCUGUCUCAAGCCAGGUGAGUUCCAAUGCCAGCUGUGCUCCUUCGUCGGCAAAUCAAUAACUGCCCUUAAAAGCCACAAAAUAGUCCACAAUAAGAAAAACCGGCUAACUACACUGAGUGGGAAAAAAGCACGUCUCCGCUGUGAAUUAUGCCCUUUCACCUGUAAGCAGGAACGUUGCCUGCGCCAACACGUGGCCCUCAAACAUGAAGGUCUGAAACCCCAUAUAUGCCACUACUGUGACUUUAGGACCACUCGCCGCUAUCGCCUUGAUGCCCAUGAGUCCCUCCACACAGGUGUAGGCCGUAUCUCUUGUGACCAGUGUGACCAGACCUUUGGCACCAACUCUAAGAUGCGGCUUCACCGACAGCGUGUCCAUGAGAAGCAGCCCACCCACUUUUGCCAGUUGUGUGACUACAGUGGCUACAGUGCCAAUGAUGUGACCCGCCACACCCUUUGCUGCCACACUGGGGAACUAUGCUACACCUGCACCGACUGUCCAGCAGGCUUCAGCUCAGAGACUGCCCUGAAGCAGCAUAGCCAACGACUGCACCAGAAAACAACUAGCAUGGUCUGUCCACACUGUGACUUCUCUUGCCGCAGCGAGGCAACCCUUAAGAGCCACGUGCAGCGCAAGCACCCGCAGCUGCAGUGUCCCAGCUGCCAGGUCAGCUUUGAGACCAGGGAGAGCCUGGAAGAGCACCGCAAAACCCAUUUCACCCAGCGAUGCACUCUCUGUUCGUUUGCUGCCCGCGAGCGGCAGCUCCUGGUCCAGCACCUUAUGGAUGAGCAUGAGGAUGGCCCCCCUUCUGAGAAGCCUCUGAAGUGUGCUGCCUGUGGAUUUGCCUGCCGUCACCAGCUGGUGUUCGAACAGCACGUGCGCUCACAUGGUGGCACCCGGCUGUACAAGUGCACCGACUGCCAAUACUCCACCCGAAACCGUCAGAAGAUCACCUGGCACACCCGCAUUCACACCGGGGAGAAGCCGUACCGCUGUGAGCAGUGCAGCUAUGCCUGUGCAGACCCCUCGCGCCUGAAGUAUCACAUGAGGACUCACCAGGACGAGCGGAAGUAUCUGUGUCCAGAAUGUGGCUACAAGUGCAAAUGGGUGAACCAACUGAAGUACCACAUGACAAAGCAUACAGGUGCUAAGCCGUACCGCUGUGAGGAGUGUGAAUACUGCACAAAUCGUGCAGAUGCUCUGCGGGUCCACCAGGAAACACGCCAUCGGGAGACUCGCUCCUUCAUCUGUGAGCAGUGUGGAAAGGGCUUCAAGACACGCUUCCUUCUGAAGACCCACAUGAAGAAGCACAGUGAGGAACGCCCCUAUGUCUGCCGUGUCUGUCAACGGGCCUUCCGCUGGGCUGCUGGGCUGCGCCACCACUACCUCACCCACACCAAACAGCACCCAUUCUACUGCCUGCACUGCAGCUACCGUGCUAAGCAGAGGUUCCAGGUAGUCAAGCACCUCCAGAGACACCACCCUGAUCGAGCAGACAACCAGGACCUCAGCCAGGGGGUGGGGAAGGACCCCGGGCCUCACACUGUCCCACUGCAGCAGGCCAUGCUCGAGGGGCAGCAGUGAAUAGACAGGGCUCAGGGGAGCAGGAGGGGUGAGGAAUCAGCCAGAGAGAGUGGCACAGUUUAGAAGGGCCUGAAACAUACCACACUGGAGAUGGUAAUAUGUCUAACCUGGUACAUUAGAAAGUCUUUCACCCAUUCUGGGCUGUGAUGUGAGUACCAUGGGACCUUCGUAAAAGAUGUUAAAAAAUGAAAUGGCUCAAACAAUUAUGCAAUGAGUUACAUUGAAUCCUGAAGAAAGUAUGAGAAACAGUAUUCCUCACUCUCAGAUUUUUUUGUUUUAACCACCAAACAAUGCUAUCUCUGUCUCUGUAGCCACUUGACCAAACUGCCUCCCAGUUCCUCAACAACGACCAAUAAUGUGUUUGGUCCCCCAGUUCCUUCAUGCUUACCAGUUUACAGUGAAUUAGCAUUUAUCAUUGCUUUACACACAUUUCCAGUCCCUCAUCUCUAACUUUUUGGGCCACAAGCCUCACAGUUCCCAUGUCAAUUACUUUGUGUUUUGUUCCAGUUUUUAAUUAGGCCCUCUUCUGAAACAAUAUACACAGCCUCUUCAAAAGCAUUCAGUUUUUAUUCUCUUGGAAAGCUUCAUAUUUAUUUGUAAGGUAUGGCGUAUGUAUAUACAUACAUAAAUGCAAACAUGCUAACACAUGGACAGGAAUAAAUACCAGCAAAUGCAAAGAAUGUGUAACAAAAUAAGAUUAUAAGUUCCCAUUAAUAAAAUAUUAAAAGCAAUAA